AUGGCUGUGAAAUGCGACAUCACCAAGCAUGGCUUUUAUUCAUUUAUCUUUCCAAUGAAUUUUAUUCCUGGUAUUAUCACAUCAAGCUCUGGUAAAAACAACAUGAAGAGAAACAUCCCAGGAGAAUUCUCAGCCAACAUCGUGGUUGAAGCCUCAAGUACAAUAUCAGACUUGAGUGUUUCUCACUCAGAGAUGGUACACAAGCAAGAUGAUUCUGGAAACAGAGUCACCAUCGCAUUGGAAGAAAGUUCAUCAAUAAGUUCUAAAGACAUAGUCGUAUCUUUCUCGACACCUGAAAUCAGAAAGCCUCAGAUUACUUUGCAGACUUCAGACAAACACCCUGAUGAAGUGCUUGCUCACAUCACUUGCAUCCCAAGGAUCUCUGACGAAGAAGAAGUUGCUGAAGAAGAAGUCCCAUCUGAAGAUCAUGAAGCUGCUAAGACCUCUGGAGAAGAUGAAUUUGACAUUGCAAGCGGAGAGUUCAUCUUUGUUGUUGACAGAAGUGGAUCGAUGGGAGGUGAAAGAAUUGAGAUUGCAAAGGAUGCUCUGAAGCUGUUCAUUCAAAGUCUGCCAUCAGUCUCCAAGUUCAACAUUGUUGGGUUCGGUACAAGGUUGGAUAUCAUGUAUCCUGAGAGUGUACCAUACUCGAAACAAAAUAUUGAUGAUGCUUUGGCAAAGAUUGAAAUGAUGAGAGCAGAUCUUGGAGGAACAAACCUAAGCGAGCCUCUGGAUGAAAUCUACGAUAUGGCAACUGAUUAUAAGUACCCCAGAAGCAUCUUUGUACUAACUGAUGGUAAAAUCUUUGACACUGAGCAAGUCAUGAAGAAAGUCAGAUCUCACAAUAACUUUGGAAGAGUUCACUCUUUUGGAAUUGGUGGAGAAGCUUCCAAGUAUCUUGUCAAUGAACUCGCUAAAGCUGGCCUUGGAACCAGCACUCUCAUCGAAGACAACGAUCCAAAUACUAAAGCCAAAGUCAUUGCAGCUUUGAACCAAGCAGCCAGACCAGCUCUCACCAACAUCCAGAUGAAUUGGGGCCGUAACUCAGAGGCUGUCAAGUUCGAAGUUCCCAGAGAACCAAUUUUCGGGUUCAUUUACGAAGAAGAAAUCUUGGAUGUGUAUGCUGUGCUAAACAAGGCCGAACUUGCUCAUGAAGAAGUCACUUUGUCAUUCUUCAAUACCUUUGAUCAAGAAACUGAAGAAAUUAUUUUUGAUGUAAAUCCAGAUGAAAUCAUCGAUAACGGAAAUAAUGAUGUUGGUUUCAAGCUGGCAGCUAGAGAUAACAUGGCUCACUAUGAAAGGUUAAAGACUCAGAAGGUAUACGAAGCAGAUAACUCAUCAAUACAGAAGGAAGUAACUGCUCUAUCUCUAAAGUACUCUGUUUUGUCUGAACAUACUGCGUUCUUCGGGAAGAUUAAGAACAAGGCGAAGUCAGGAGAAGAGCUCAAGACCAUUGAAAUCCCCAUCAAGAAGAUGGAACAGAAUAAUUUCUACCGAGGCUACGGAGCUUUGAGAUCCGUAGGAGCUCCCAUGACUCUAUCAAAUAGGAGUUCUCCAGGCUUCUUUAACAAGAUUGGAUCAGCUAUUGGAGGCAUGUUCGGAGCAGGCUCAGGAGAGGAGAAAUGAAUGAUGUCAAAAGGUGCUCCAAGAUCGAAGGCCAAACGUAUGGCUAGAAAGAGAUGUAAAAUAGAAAUGAAUUGAGUUAAAAUGUGUGCUGCUCCUAAAGCAUCAAAGAAAGUUAGUAUAGAUUCUUCAGAUUCUUCUGGAUCUGAUAAUGAUGUUAUGGAAAAAUGAUUGAAAAGCUCUGAUUCCAAUUUUUUAAGAAAAGAAAUGAACAAAGAAUUCAGAAGUAGUAAACAGAAAAGCAAAAAGUCUAAAAAUAAUGAACUUAUGGCAUACACUCCUGCUAAGAAUUUGGAAGGAUAUGAGAAGCUUAUUCAGUUCCAGGACCCAGACGGCCACUUCACUGACUUGUCCUCAGAGUAUUCCCACCUCCUCGCUAACAGUCCUCCAGAAGAUCUUGAAAGCUUGGUCAAAAAUGACUCAAUGAUAGAUGAAAUCUGGACAACAAUCUUAGCCGUCCUAAUCCUUGAGACUCAUUUCAAAUCUUCCAAAGGAGAAUGGGUAAUGAUCGCAAAGAAAGCUAGGUCCUUCCUCAAGAAAUCCCUCCAAAAAGGGUCUGACAUCGACCAAUAUCGCUCCUACAUUUCCUAACCCCCAUCUUUACCACAUCUAAAAUAACCAAUCCUAUCUUCA